AUGAUCGACCCAAACGCUAUCAAUGCCGUUCUGGACAUUUUCGUGCCUGCAAUCCGCGCCCACCAGAAAAACUCAUCAAAACCAUUCGUCCUUGGACUUUCCGGCCUCCAAGGUAGUGGAAAGUCAACAUGGGCCGCAGCUCUAUCUCAAGCUUUGACAACUCAGCACAACCUCAAGAACCGCACCUUGUCCCUGGAUGAUCUCUAUCAUGACCACCCAGAGCUCGUGGCUAUCCGAGAAGCGAAUCCAGACAACGGCCUUCUUCAAACUCGUGGUCAGCCUGGAACUCAUGAUGAGGUUCUUGCGAAGGACUUCUUUGAUCAGGUCCUUGGCCGGGCGGAGAGCGAGAAGAAGACCGUCAAAUGGCCUGCGUACGAUAAGAGUCUCCACGGAGGCCAAGGCGGGAGAGUCCCAGUCAAGGAAUGGGAUGAGGUGACUUUAGGUCAAGAUCUCGAUGUGCUCAUCUUUGAAGGUUGGGCUCUCGGUUUCCAGCCCCUGACCAAGGAAGAAGUCAUCAGGAAGUGGGAGCAAGCUAAAGCCUCGGAGACGCAGCAGUCUGAGGAGCGGUCUCUCACCAAUAGCCUUGCAAGCCACAAGCUCGACUAUCUUUUGUUGAUCAACGAGAAUCUCAGACGAUAUUGCGACACGUUUGCUGGACCGCAAUACUUUGAUGGAUUCUUACACUUGAGCACGGAUAAGCUGGUUCAAGUUUAUGAAUGGCGACUGGGUCAGGAGAGGGCUUUGAGAGAGCACAAGCCAGGAAUGACGGACGAGCAGGUGAUCAAGUUCGUCAAGGGAUAUAUGCCAGCUUAUGAGCUAUUCCUUGAACAUCUCCAGAAUAAGAACCUCUUUGGAGAUGGAGCCUCGGGUAAGAAGCAUGUGCAGGUGAUAUUGAACAAGUCAAGGGAGGUGAUGCAAGUGAAGGAGGUAUGA